AUGAGCACCGACACAUACGAUCACUUUGUUCUGCACACUCGGGUCGAUCAGCCCGUAGGAACGUCGCUUCCACCCCAACCCAGCUUUUACAACCACCUCGCGCCAUCAAAACCAAUGUCCAUCUACUCGACUCUGGAAUCUGGCACCGUGUCCCCACAGCUAAGCACUCCUGGCGUAUAUGGAUUUCCUACAUCCCCGCCAUCUGGUGUCGAGGCCUGGUCCACAUCAGGCCACAGAUACGACUACCCCCACACUCAGGUACGAGACGAGCCACACACAGGCUACGACUACCCCAACACUCAGGCACGAGACGAGCCACACACAGGCUACGACUACCCCAACGCUCAGGAACGAGACGAGCCACACACAGGCUACGACUACCCCAACUCUCAGGAACGAGACGAGUCAAAAGCUAGCAUACAAAGACAGUAUGACGUACCUUCUGCGCCAAAGGUUUUGACAUUGCGAACAAGCAACGCAAGCAGCACGACUUGA